UAAACUCCAAAAAAAAAAUAUUUGUUACAAUUUACAAAUCUCAAUGCAACGAGUUAUGAUAGUUUAUUGUGUAUCUGUAAUGCAAGUCAGUCAUUAGACUAAAUUACUAGAGGCACACAAAAGUGACGUUAUGUUUAAAUCAUGAACUCAGCGCUGUCCAGGAGCAGAGUAAGCGCAGAGCAACUGGAUUUGCUAUUGACUUUUAUGGAAGAGCACCGUGACUUUGCAGCAGGCAAACAGUCUAUAUAUUCUCGCUUUAGCGCUAGUAAACUCUGGCGAUUACUCGCCGAGAGGUUAAACGCCGCAGCGGCAGAUACGGGUGGUGCUCGGAAAUCACCAGAUAAGUGGUGUCGCUACUGGGCGGACGUUAAAUAUAAAGCAAGAAAGAAGUGUGCCGCCGGAGGUGCACUAGGUGACCUCUCGACUGCAGAGGAGCGCUUACAAAAUAUUCUCAGUUGCAAAAACGAUUUGAACGCGGUGUCGGGUGGCGCGGCGGCUUCGGACGAGGAGCGCAAGGCUCUCGACGAGGACAUGUGCUCGGAGGGUUCCGCGCCGUUGGCGACCGACGAGUUGCUGGCCGAGGCCGCCAUGCGCACCGCGCUGGCCGCCGAGAAGCAGGCCGAGGCCGUCGUGCACGCCGUGGACCUGCUGCGGGACCUCGUGACGCUGCUGCGCGAAAGACCCCCCGCACCUCCGCCUGCACCCCAUGACCAUCUAGCCAUGCAGCACCAACACCAUCACCCGCUUUGAGCUUCUGGUCGGCCUCCACGAGCUCGACCGGCGCCAAGCCCGUGAGCGCGCCCACGUCGGCGUACACGGCGUCGGCCCGACGUCGAGCGCGUGCCGCCCCGUGGCGCAGCACGUCGCGCAGCAACCGCGGCCGC